AUUUCCAUGCUGGCCAUUAUUCCAAUUCUUCUCCACGCUUGGGAGAAAAAGAAGAAAUAAAUAAAUAAAUAAAUGAUUCUUUUCCCUUUCCUCGUUUUGUCAUUCUUCUGAUGACUACAGUAGCUAUAUGUGAAUAAAGUCACCCUUUGACCCUAUUCCUGAAGCAACUGAGAUAACUAUAUGCAGUGAACAGGAACUGAGUUCUGGAUUAUUGCCAAAUCAGUGAGCUUGUCCUCGAAGUUGAUUCCUUUCCCCUAUGGAUCGACUUAGUGAGCUGCCUGAACUGAUACUGGUUCACAUCCUCUCAUUCGUGAACAUGAGAGAUGUUGUCAGAACAGCCAUUCUCUCCAAACGAUGGCGACACCUGUGGUCAAUUGUCCCAAAUCUUGAUUUUAGUUAUGAUGAUUUCUAUCCCUAUCAGAAUUAUGUGGACUUUGUGAAUCGGACCUUGCUUUCUCGUGGCACUUCUAAGAUCAGAAGACUUAAAAUUGGUCUCUUUUUAAAUGCCAGUUAUCCUAAAGAUUAUGAGGGAUGGAUUCUGUAUGCUGUAAAGAGUAAUAUAGAAGAGCUCUUCUUAGAAUUUAAUCAAGACUGUUGCUACUGGUGCCCACCUCGGUGUGUGUAUCGCAAUUCUUCAUUCAAGACAUUGAAUUUGUGGAGUUGCAAGUUUAUACGUGAUGUGCAAAUAAGUUGGAACUUGUUGGCAAAGUUAACCCUCCGGUUCUCGGUGUUGGGGGAUCAAGAUGUUCAUAAGAUUAUGGUGGGUGCUCCAAAACUGGAAUUCCUUGAGUUGGAUUCUUGCUGUGGCUAUGAUGAUCUGAAUAUUGAUUCUUCUUCUUUAAGAACACUGAUUGUACGUGAGUCUGAGUCAGUUGAGUUUGAAUAUGGUCCCAUCAUGAAAAUUUCAGCCCCCAAUGUUCAGACCCUGCGCCUAUCAGGAUCUCUUUAUAGGAAGUGUAUUUUGAUGAAUGUGCAGUCCGUUGUUAAUGCCACCCUCAAUCUUCGUCCACACACUGGUUUUAAUGGUGAAAAGAAGAACUUAAAAGGGCAGCAGGAUAACCUAAUGGAGCUAGUUAGGAGCCUUAAACAUGUUGAGAACUUAACUUUGGGUGCUUGGUGCGUUGAGGUUCUAGCGCUAAGGGAGAAGAAACGCAUUCCUUCUCAGAUUUCAACUCACAAAUGUGUCACAUUAAGUAUACAUAUGAAGGAAGAUGAUCUUUUUGGAACAGUUAACCUGCUUAAAGGUUCACCAGCUCUGCAGAUGCUAAUAAUAGACAUGCAAUAUGUACCCUAUGAAGAGCCAAAAGGCGCGGGGCUAGCAGAUUCAAAAAAUUUCUACAAUUCUAAUGGCGCAAACUACUUAGCGUCACAAGCGAAGCACGUUAAAUGUUUGCUGCACCAUUUGAAGACAGUCAAGAUUACCCAGUUUGUGGCAAAAACCUCCGUGUUUCCAUUUCUGGAGUUCAUUUUGAAGAACGGGAAGGUACUAGAGAAUGUUGUAAUCAUAGCGAAAAGGGUAGAUACAAAUUCACCAGACUACUUGCUAAAAGUUGCCCAAAUAUUACUAAGUCUGCCUAGGGCUUCUUCCCGAGCAGUUGUUACGCUCCUCAACUGAUGACAUCAAGUCAUUUUGUAAUUUCAAUAACUCAUCAGCUUGUUCCGAAGCUGCAUGGAUUAUGUUUGAUUUUUGUGGGGUGUCAGACAUCUUGAAUAGUUCAAACACGUUUUUUCUAAAAUGAACUAAUGCAUUUUGUGAAGGUAAAUGUCUCUUGUUGUUGUAAUAUUGCUCAGUGGCGGAGCCACAUGCACCCAAGGGAAGCGACACCCCUUUGUCGGAAAAUUAUAGUGUAGCUGGGUAAUUUCUUUUAAGAUAUGUAUAUAUACUAUAUAUAUUGAUACCCCUUGACUUGUUGGUGAGUUUAUUUCUGUAUGUUUUGACUCCCCUUAAUGAAAAUCUUGGCUCCGCCACCGAUAUUGCUA